AUGGCAACAAACAUAAAAGCAAAUCAUACGACAACUCUGAAUAUCGAAUCAUUUGCAUGUUUUUGGCUUGAUGAAAAUAUUCAUGAAAGAGAUGAAAAUCGAAAAACUCAACGUGAACUUCGUCAAGUAAUUCAUCAUCUUCAAACAUUUAAUAAUAGUGAUGAUUGCGAAAGGAAAAUUCGACAAACUAAACAUGAAUUAAUUAUUCUUAUUGUUUCGGGAGCAUUAGGACAAAAAUUCAUUCCUCGUCUACAUGAUCUUCCACAAUUAUUGGCCUGCUAUGUUUUCUGUUACGAUAAAGAAAGUACUCAACUAUGGGCUCAAAAGUAUUCCAAAAUUCGAGGUGUAUUUAACAAUCGUGUUAAACUGAUCAUUGCCAUAAGAACCAAUGAAUGUCUUCGAAAAAUGAUAGAAAAAGAAGUUUCUAUCGCUAUUAUCAGUCGUAGCUCACAAUCACCUGAAAGUCACAAUCCAAUUUAUAUGUGGUUUCAAUUAUUAAUCGAAGUUGUUCUUCGAAUGCAUCACAAAUCAACUGAUCGAGAAGAAUUAAUCGAUAUUCUUAAAGAAAUCUAUGAAGAAGACGAUGAAAACAUGAAAAUAAUUAAGGAAUUUGAAGCGAACUACAAAGCCGAAAAUGCAAUCUGGUGGUAUACACGUGAAUCGUGUUUUUAUCAGAUGUUAAAUAGGGCAUUGCGAGUAAAACAUUAUGAUCUUCUUUUUGCUUUUCGUUUCUUUAUUACAGAUAUUGCUAAACAAUUAAAAAAGGAACAUGCAAAAUUUGUUAGUAAAAUUCAUGCGAAAGAUCUACUUCGUGUAUAUCGUGGUCAAGCAAUUCGUAUUGAUGAAUUUGAAUUAAUUAAAAAGAAUAUUGGAGAAUAUCUUUCAAUGAACUCAUUUGUAUCGACUAGUCGUAAUCCAUCAGUUGCCAUUCAAUUUGCUCAAGACAGUUCGAUUGAUAAUCAACAUCGACGAAUUUUAUUCAUCAUUGAUAUUGAUCCAAAAAUUAAAACAAAAGCUUUUGCUGAUAUUAGUAAAUUCAGUUGGUCUAAAACGGAAUCGGAAGUAUUGAUUCUACUGGGUGCACUUUUUCGUAUUGAAAAAGUCGUUGAAAAUAAACAAGAUCAACUGUGGGAAUGGAAAGUUUUUCUUUCAUUGGCCACUGACGAUGACUUUCAUUUGAAAGACAUCUUUGCAGAUAUGAAGAAUAAAAUCGGCCAUGAUACGGAUUUGGAUUCGCUCGGUAAAAUUCUCAUUGAAAUGGGUGAAUAUGAACAUGCAGAAGAAUGCUAUGAAAGAAUGAUUUCCGAAACUCAACUUACACUGGGUAAUGCUCAUUUAGGACUUGGACGUGUACAUCAAAAGCGUAAGAAUUAUAAAGAAAGUUUGGAACAAUUUGAAAAAGCUUUAAAAAUGCAAGAAGUACUUGAUGAAGACGGUGAAAAAGUCGCAGAAAGUCAUAGUCAUCUUGGAAAUCUACAUUUGGAACAACGUAAUUACCAACAAGCUUUGACAAAUUUAACAAAAGCAGCUCAAAUUCAGGAAAAAACUCUUGGAUCCAAGAGUCUGUCUCUGGCUCAAACUUAUCAUUGGAUGGCAAAUACAUAUAAUGAGGCUGGAAAACAUCAACAAGCAUUUGAAUAUUACACAAAAUCUCUCAACAUUCGUGCGCCUAGUUUAUCUCGUGAUCAUCUUGAUAUAGCCGCAACUUACCAUAGUAUUGGCUGUUUAUUUACAAGCCGAAAAGAUUAUGGCAAGGCAUUAGAAUAUUUUAAGAAAGCACUUACAAUUAAACAAAAAAUAUUGCCAUCAACGCAUGAAGAUGUUGUUCAAACAUCACAAUUAAUGGCUCAAACGAAAGCAUUAUUUAAAAAAUAA